AUGUCUGAAAAACCAUGGAUGAUAAAUGUAGAUAUACCCACACCAACACUAGGUACUCCUAAUUCAUCAACUUUGGAUGUUAAUUCAGUAAUAACCGCAAUCGAUGAAUUAUCUUUAGGAAAAACAUUUACCAGUGACUUCAAACAUUUCUAUGGUAAUUUUAAAGAUGAUAAAGAAGAUGAAGAACCUCCAGUAACAUCUAAAGAAUUAAAAGGAUGGUAUAUGUAUAAUGCGGCGACUGAAGUAUAUAGUGUUGUCGCUAUAACGGUUUUUAUACCCAUAAUAUUGGAAAAUUUAGCAGGUGAGGCAGGAUUUCAAUUGGACCGCGUGACCCCUUGUGAUACCACCAUAAAAGAUUACAAGUGUGUAACGAAAUAUGGAACAGGGUUCGUUGAUACUGCAAGCUUUUCCUUAUAUACCAUAUCAAUAUCCGUAUUUAUUCAAUGUUUGGUAUACAUUGGAGUUGGAUCACUUGCUGAUCAUGGAGAAAAUCAAAAAAAGUUACUUUUGUUGUUCUCAUAUAUGGGGGCAAUCUCUGUCAUCGCUUUCUUAUCAGUGGUCAAUUCCAGCCUGUAUUGGUUAGCAGGACUGCUUACCAUCAUAUCUAACGUAUGUUUUGGAGCUGGAUUUGUAUUUUAUUUAGCGUACAUUCCGACAUUUACGCGAGUUCAUCCACGUGUCGUUGAAGCCAAAGAUUCAGGUAUAUCGAUACAAGACUUAUCAAGGAUCGAGGAAGAAGUAGCAAAUAGGUUGUCAUCACAUUCAAUGGCGAUAGGAUAUGCGUCGGGAGUUAUGCUAUUAAUAAUAGCAGUAGUAAUAUCAUAUUUGAUGAAUGGAACUACUUACAGUCUUCAAAUGGGAACAGCUUUAGCUGGUGCAUGGUGGUUAAUACUUUUAACGUUUCCAUUAAUUUGCUUACAAAAGAGGAAAGGUCCACCAUUACCAAAUGGAGAAAACUUUUUAUUUUAUUCAUUCAAGAGAGUCGGUAAAACACUUCGGUCAACAAGACAAUUAUUUCAAACAAUAAAAUUUUUAAUCUCUUGGUUUAUAUUAUCCGAUGGCUUUAAUACCAUCGGUUCGGUUGCUAUCCUAUUUGGGAAGAAGACACUAAAAAUCGGAAACACGGAAUUGUUAAUCGCCGCGGUGAUCAUUCCCGUCAGUGCUUUUGUCGGGGUUUAUACCUUUUUAUUCAUUCAACAAAAACUUGAAUUAACAACAAAAACGAUGAUAUUAAUUUUAGCAACAUUACAUUCUAUAAUACCGAUUUAUGGACUAUUGGGAUUUGUGAGUCCUAUCGGAUUUAAAUAUACCAUAGAGAUUUAUAUAUUUGCAGUGUAUUUCGGAUUCAUGUUGGGAGCCCUACAAAGUUAUUGUCGUGUUUUGUUUGGAAACAUGAUUCCAAAAGGACACGAGAAUGAAUUUUUCGGUUUAUAUGAAAUAACUGAUAAAGGAUCAAGUUGGAUUGGUCCUUUGGUAACAGGGUUUAUCGGCGAUAUUACUCAUGAUUUAAGAUAUUGUUUUUGGUUUCUUCUCGUCAUGAUGAUCAUUCCAUUAUUUUUAAUAUACACUGUUGAUGUUGAACAAGAAAGAACAAGAAGAAAAAAUUGA